AUGAGCUUCGGUUCCACUCCCUCGUCGUUCUAUCAUGACGAACUGGAGCGAGCUCUCGCCGAACAACGCUUCGGUGUCCACUCCUACCGCAUCUUGAGCUCAUCACCCCGACAAUCAUCGGCGUUUGUUACAACUCUCGAAGGCCACAAGUUAAACGUGGCUUUGACUGCUCAAGGAUAUACGGUAACUGCUUUCUCGAUCGCUGGUCUUCUUCGCAGGCUAUUCAAUGACCAUACUAGGUCGAAUCUAAAAGGUCCGAUGGGACAGAAUCCACCGUCCCUCCGCGCACCUACGAGACUAUCGAAGACCUCCUCCAAGCUAUCAGCCCGUCGUACUCAAUACGACGGCAAGAGCGCCUCAUAUCAGCCCUACAAAACAUAUCACGAUGACGGACCAGCUAUCUCGCAGAUGUAUUUGGCUCUGCCGACAAACAAUACCUAG